UGUUAAUACUCGAAGGUCGAUGACCGUUUACCUAAUUGACUCUUUUCUUUCUUAGAGAAAUCAUGGCCUAGGCUAGGCUGACUAAUCAAUCUCUUCCUUGCCUCAGCUUUCACCAUGCAAGGUUGCCAUUUGCCAAUAUCAACUUCAUCUCGAAUAAUCUAUGAAGUUGAUGAUUUCCCUCUUGUCAAUCGAGCACAUCAAGAAGGUAAAUCCCAAAAAAAGAGAAUAAACAAAGAGGUAGAGCUAUAGCUAGGUUCGAGGUGCAUGAACAAGAGAGGGGAAAUGAAGGAAGCUAGGGCCUAGGGUAGCUCCUCGAGUUGCUCUAGUAAUUAUUCUUGCUUAUGAAAUUUUAUCAGCAUGAAACGACAAGGUAGCUAAUUGCUUUUCAGAGGGAUUAGUUGUUCUGGUCGGUUAAGCUAAGCAAACAUUACAAAAAAUUGUUACUAUGAUGCUAUGUUAUUAUAAUGGAUUAAGGAGUUUGUAGAUGUCAUUAUAUUGCUUAGUCUUUAUAAUAGUUUUUAUUUUUUGUUGGAAAACCUAAUUAUUUUAUAACGGAUUAAGGAGUUUGUAGAUGCCAUUAUAUUACUUAGUCUUUAUAAUAGUUUUAAUUUUUUUUGGAAACACUGACAAAAAGGUUGUCUCCAUGUACCACAUACAUUAUUGCUAAUAAGUGAUUAACUAUGGAGGUAAAGGUAGCGGCUUUUUUAUUAGUUAACCUCAACUUUAUCAUUUCACUCUUACACAUACACAUGAUGGUGAUGGACUCGUAUUAAAUUUGUAAUCGAUACCAACUUAGAUAGAUAAGCACACUUUGAGGUACAAUGACCACUUAGUAAAAGUUUGCAAUUGAUAUCAAGUCUGGUUGCUUUCAAUCAACAAUCUAUUGAGUGAGGCAUGCUCUCAUGAAUGAUUCACAUAACUUUACUCUUAUCGAACAAGUUACGAGAGAUUGAGGAGCCAUUACAAAUAAAAUGAAUAAUCAAUUGAUACGAGUUAUUCAAAUAGAAGCAAAAAAUCAACAUCAAUUCGUAAUCUUGCAUGAACUGAUUGUAUUUCAAAUACAUCAUUUGCACAUGCACCUAAAAUAAUGAACCAAUUAAAUAACAAAACUAACCCAUCAGACGCUAUGCAUUCGGAUGUUCACUGUGAUCUGCACACCCAUCCACACAUAAAAAUCGUGGUCCCCUUUUUAUAAACUCGUCUAACUCCUUGUUCAAUACAUCUAUUUUCUAACUAUCGUUAAAGUACACCUCUUUAACUACGGAACUCAUUAUUUAACUAAAUAAUCUUCCCCACAACAAAAUUUUACACCAUUUACAAUAUAUUUGUGUACUCUUCUCAAUAGUCAAUAACACACCAUUCAAAAUUAUAACUUCCAAUGUUGUACCUUUUCUGUAACUUGCCUCCCUUGUCCUUCCCAUCAAACACCUAUAUAUAAAAUCCAACACACUCCCAGAAAAUCCCCCAUUCCAAAACCUCCCCUUUCCCAUCCCCAAUACAUCUGUUCUAUAAACAAAAGCUUUUGCAUUCCACUUCCACCUCCACACCACCAUCUUUUGUUAGUUUGUACAGAAUUACAGAUCCAAAACCCCCUCCCACCCAAAAACCAAUCCAAAGUAGACUUAAAAAAGCAAAUUAGGGUUACCACUUAGCACUAGCCAGCCAGCUGCCCAGAAGUAGCCUCUUUUCCAGCAUAAUAUUAAAAGAAGUUUGAGACCCAUUUAUAAAAAAUUCUAGUUAUGGUAACUGCAGCCCUUCUUUUGUCUUGUUUCCCCUUCCUCUUCUCUUCCCUUGUAAUAGCAAUCCUUCCUCAAACAUCUCCCAAUCUCAAGACCUGCAAUUCUUCUUCUUCAUGUGAGACAUUUGCUGUUCUUCACACAAAUCCAUUCUUCCCUUCUCUCUCGAACUUAACCCUCUUCCUCAAUCUCAACCGUGUCGCCAUUUCCGAAGCGAAUGAGCUCCCUCCCAAAACAGAGUAUUUCAAAAAGGACCAGUCUUUGCUCAUCCCAUUGACCUGCAAGUGCUCUAAAGGCGGUUUCGAAGCUGAACUCGUGAAAACGACGGUCAAAGGCGACAGCUUUUCCUCCAUUGCUGGUUCUCUAGAAGGACUGACGAACAUUGAUGGAAUCAGGGCGAGGAACCCAAAUGUGGGGCCAUGGAAUCUCGGCGAGAAAGCUCGGAUCUUGAUCUCGUUGAGAUGCGGUUGCCCUAAAGCGCCAUUGGAUAAAGCUCGAAUCUUUCUCACUUACCCUGUUCUUCCAGGUGAUUCCAUCUCCACCCUUUCGAUAAAAUUCAACGCUUCCCCUGAUUCUAUAAUCUCCGCAAAUCCCCAUUUGCCGGCGAAACUCCAACCGUUCACCUCUGUUCUGAUCCCGGUCACCGAGAAACCUCACAUUUUCUCCCUCAAUUUCCACCUCCGGCGAAAGAAAAUGCGGCGGAAGGUCGGAAUGUAUGCGGCCGUGAUAUGCGGUGUGAUUCUCGGGUGCAUCGCAAUUGCAGCGGGAGUCUUCGUGGCGUUGAUGCAGCUUAAGAAGAGGGAAGCCCAGAAACAGGGGAAUCAACUAGGAAAAAAACAGAGAUCGAAAGAUGCUGACGUGGAGCUCCAGCAGCUGAGUUUGAGCGUCAGGACGACGAGCGACAAGAAAGUAUCGUUCGAGAGCUCGCAGCACGAAACAGUGGAUCUCAAUCAUCACCAUAGCCAAAUCGUUGAGGCCACUACGCCGCGGCAAAAGAGGACGAUUUUGGAGAGCUACACGGUGGAGGAAAUACAGAGGGCUACAGAGGAUUUCGAUUCGGGGAAUCACAUCCAAGGGAGCGUCUACCACGGCCGGCUCAACGGCAAGAACAUGGCGAUCAAACGGUUGAAAUCGGAACACGUGUCGAAGAUCGAGUUCGGGAUAUUGAGCAAUCCAACUCACCAUCAUCCUAAGAUCCUCAAGAGGCUCAAGAUAUGUCUAGAUGUGGCUGUUGGGUUGCAAUACAUGCAUCACAUCAUGAGCCCUAGUUAUGUCCACAUGAAGCUAAGGAGCAGGAACAUUUUCCUCGAUGAGGAGUUCAACGCGAAGAUAGGAAACUUUGCCAUGGCGAAACUCGUGGAAGAAGAUGAUCAAAUUGACAUUGAUUAUCUAGCUCCUGAGUACGUAAACCAAGACGUAAUCGCUCCGAGCAUUGAUAUUUUUGCAUACGGUGUCGUUUUGCUCGAGGUGUUAUCCGGCAAAACGGCGAUAGCAAGAGGGGAUGAAAAGGGAAAAGGGAGUGUGAAGCUUUGCGAGAGCGUAAAGAGAGUAUUAGCUUCGGAGAAUGACGUGGAUUUGAAGGAAUGGAUCGAUGGCGUGUUGGGUGAUGGCUAUCCGCUCGAUGGGGCUCUGACAUUGGCCAAUCUGGCGCGAACAUGUGUCGAAGAAGACCCGAGUUUGCGACCAAGUGCGGGAGAUAUAGUUGAGAAGCUCUCUGCAUUGGUCGAGGAAUCGAGCACGGGAGAAGGAGGGGAGAGCAGCAAUGUGUUGUUUAGUGAGAGCUCUAGUAAGCCUCUAGUGAAAGCUGCCGCAACAUAAAGUAUAGUGGCCAUGAAUGGGAGUGUGGAGUUUGUGUGAUUAGUGAUAUGAUUAUUUGAUGGGAGAAAGUUGAGAGUGAUCAUGUGUUUUCUUUAGUUUGUGGCAAUCCUUAAUUAUGAGGUGAAGAUUUUGGUUGUAGAUAUGUAUGUAAUGGUCAAUGCAUAUGAUAGAUAUAGUUGGAUGAAUUGACUUCUUCAAAUAUGAUAGAUCUCGUCUCGUGUUUGGAGGUUCAUGUCACUUAAUAUUGUCAAUAAAUCAAAGUUUAUUCA